AUUAUUUUAUAAGCAUGUUUGUAGAUAUAUGGCUGAAUUUUUGUUGCAAUCGUCGGAAACAAGAAGCAAAUGAAUAACCUUUAAAUGAUGCAAAUAAAAUAUUACUUGAUACAGGUUAGAUGAAUGUGUUAUAAACGAAUGAAUAAAAAGCAUUGUAAUCAACAUCACAAGAAUUGCGACAAAAGUUAUAAGAAGUGUAAGAAAAAAGAUAAUAGAUGUAAUAAUAACCAUAGCAAGAAAAUAAAUUAUAGUAAUUAAUAAAUAAAGGAACUGUGAAAACAUCUAUUGAAAUGGAAGGUAAAGAAAGCAUCCCUAUUAAGAGUGGAACCAGUUGAUGGAUUUCUAUCAUUAUCAGAUAACAAAUCAAAUAAAAUAGCAAGUUGGGAAGCUUUAGAAUUGUCUAGAUAAAAUGAUGUUUUUGGAUAAUUAGCCUAAUUUUCUGUUUUGGCAAAAUCAGUUUCAAAUUAUGGACCUUAUUAAGGAAGUCAACAUAAUUCUGAUUAGUAAAUAUUUUCAGGAUAAUAAAUUUUGUAUUAAUAAAUAAUAAUGAUCAUAUAGAUAAAAUAAUCAAAAUUCAUUAGUAAAUACAUAAUUAUAAGUUAUUGAUGAAUAUCCAAAAAAAUAAUUGCUUAGGUAAUAAAUAUAUUAAUAAAUUAAGAUCUAACAGUUAGGUUUCAUUAGGAUUAAAUAAAAUAGACAAAAAAAUUUAGAAGAAUAAAAAAUAGUAAAAAGAUAAUUCAAAUAAAAAAGAGAUAAAUCAUAGUAAGCUUUGGGAUAAAAAUGAAGACACAAUAUUAAGAUAAGCAUAUUAUGAAUUUAAAGGUAAUUGGAGAUAAAUUGCUGCAUAAUUGCCAGGUAGAAAUAUGAAUUAAUGUUCAUAAAGAUGGAGAAGAUUAAAUCCAUAAGAUGUAUAAAUAAAUAAAUAGUGAAAAUAAUAGAAUAAUAAAAAGAAAUGGACUUAUGAUGAUGAUUAGAAAAUAAUAUAACUAGUUUAAAAAUAUAAUAAAAAUUGGGCAGAAAUUGCAAAAAAUUUCCCAGAAAAAAGUGGAAAAUAAAUAAGAGAAAGAUAUUUAAAUAAACUUGAUCCUAACAUAAAUUGGUAAGCAUGGACAAAAGAUGAAGAUGAAAUAAUUUUGACAGUAUUUAAAUAACAUGGACCUAAAUGGAGUAUAGCAUCUAAAUAAUUAAAAGGCAGACCUGUAUAAAUAAAAAUAUUUUAGGAAAAUACAGUUAAAAAUAGAUUUUAUUCAUAUAUAAGAAGAGUUUGUUUAGGUUAAUAAAAUCCUUAUUCAGUUGUUUUAAACAAUAGAGAACUUCAUGGACAUGAAAAUACUAUUUCUUAGGAUAGUGAUUCAAUCAAAAUGCCAAUGUCUGUUGAUUAAACACCUUCUGUAAUAAUUCUAAAAUAUUUAGUUCACUGCCUCAUCUUAUAUCAGCUCUUUUAUGGAUGAUGAUUUGAUUGAUGAAGAAGAUAAUCAAGAAAUCUAAGAAGAUCAUUUUAAAAUUUGA